AAACGGACAGAGGGCCCCGGACUUCCUGAUUGCCGCUGCUCUCACAGCUCACUUCAGAGGGGGCUUUUUAAGAGAUCUUGCUGACAGCCGUCAAAGGAGCAACACAACAGACCUUUCAUCUUAUCUGGAGCUCGCUUGGUAAGAUGUUGCGAACGCCGCUCUUCGCUGUCAUUCUGCUGAUCAAUCCUACCUGCAGCGAGGCCAUUGAAGACAUGAACAUAUGUUACGUCCUGGAUGGGAUUCUCAUCCUUUACGGCAUUAUUCUCACCGUCCUGUACUGCAGACUGAGGAUGAGUCCAGCCAAGACGCCUGACAAUCAGUAUGAGAAGCAGCCCGCAGAGGGAGGCAUCUAUGCGGGUCUGACUUCCCACAGUACUGACACCUACGAGACCAUCAGAAUGGACAAAAAGCCUAUCGUCUGAUAAAGGAACAUUCGGUGCAGAGAAGAUGCUGAGAACAGAAACAGCGUCGGGUCUCUUAAAGCUUUAUACUGUAUAUUUAGUGAGCUGAUUUAUAGUUAUAUAUGCCUUUUCUUCUCCUUUUUUUAUUUUUGUAAAAUACUUUUGUUUCUAAUCUUUGUGUCAUGCAUGCAUGAAAUGUUCAAAUUAAAUUAAUUUAAGAAUUUACUAAUAAAGGCUAUGUCCGUGUGUUUUGGCUGCA